CGCCCCGCCGGGCCCCGCCGCUCCCCACAGGCCUGGACCGUGAAUCUGGUUGCGAUGGAGACGGUGUCCCUGGAGCACCAGAUCCAGAGCGUGCAGCGGCACAUCGCCUUCCUAAAGAAGGAGCAGAUGGAGCUGCUUCAUGACCUGCACCUGGAGAUCCUGCGCUUGCAGAAGCACUGCUCAGAGCUCACCCAUGACCUGGAAAUGAAAGAGCUGGAGGCCCGUCAGCAAGAUGUCCUGGACCGGGAGCUGGAGGAGAAGUGCCGGGCGAUGGAGGCCCAGCUGCAGGAGAAGGAGAAGGACAACCUGGAGCUGCGCAAGGAGCUGCAGCACAAGGAGACGCUGGUGGCCGCGCUGCGCUCCAGCCUCCGCAGCAAGGAGCGCCGGUUCCUGGAGGAGCUGAAGCGCCGGAGCCACCGCGUCACCAUCCUCGACACGGAGCUGCAGAAGCAGACGGAGGCGGCCGCCUACCUGUCCCUGCAGCUGCACGCCACGGCACAGCGGCUGCCGGGGCCCCGGGCGGGCGGGCGGCCCCCCGAGCAGCCCCCGGCCGAGCCCCGGCCCCGCCGCCGCGCCCACAGAGCGGGGCCCGCCCGGCGCCCGCCCGGGGACGGUGCCCGCCCCAGGGACCCGGUGCCGGAGGAGCACGACCCCAUGCCCGACCCGGCCCUUUUCCUCUACACACCCAGGCCCCGCGCCCCGCAGCGCCCGUCGCCGGAGCCCCCCGAGCCCCCGGCCCAGCCCCGCGGCCCGGCCGGCAGCGCCCGCGGGCAGCGCCCGCCCCGGCAGGACCCGCAGGACCCGGCGGGCAGGGCCAGGCCGGCCAAGGGCGAGCCCGCGAAGAGGCAGGGGGCCCACGGUGCCCACGGUGCCCACGGUGCCCCCCGGGCCCAGGAAUAGGCCCAAGAACAGGGGACAGCGUGGCCGGGAAGGCCUGAGCAGCAGCACCGGGGCGGGCGCCGGCCGAGGUUCUUUUCACCCGUCCCCUCGGGGCAGCAGAAAGCGGCCGCCCCGCAUGAACCUCCCACCCGCGGGCAGCCGGGGGGACUCCUCUGCCCCAAGGGUCUGAGCCGAGGGCGGCACCGGCAGAGCUGCGGGACAGGGGAGCACCCACCAACCACCUGGGCUGUGGAGGGGACACGGUCCAGCGCCUGUCCAGAGCUUCCAAGGAAAGGAGAGAGAAAGAAAAGGAGAAAGAGAGAGAGAGAGAAGAAAGAAAGAAAAAGAAAGAAAGAAAAAAAAAGAAAGAGAAAGAAAGAAGCAAGCAAGCAUUUUUGCAAUGAGGAGAUCUUCCUGCUGCUGCUGCCCUCGGAGUGGGCACCAGAUGUGUUUUGUCCAGCCAGGGGUGCCAGGGGGUGUGUGUGCAGCAGCCACGGGCUGUGCAGCGUGUGGCUUGGCACAGUGGGAUGAGCUCAGCCAGCCCUCCGACCCCGGGCAUCACCAACACUGGGCUGGCCUGGAGAGGGCCCAGGACAUCCCCAGGAAGGUUCUCCAGGAUGCAGGCAGCUGAACAACAGUCCAUCCUGUGGGGGACAGAAGGAUCCCCUUCCACAGGGACAGUGCUGCCGUGCCGGCCAGGUCCCACCCCGCACUCUCCUGUGCAGCAGUUUGGCUGUCUCCAAACCGUGUCUCCACACGGAUUUCCCCCACAUUACAUUCACACACAGGACUCAGACAAGGUGGCUGCACAAGAGCUGGGAGCGCCCGUCCCACCGGUCCCCCCGUGGCUCCUCGCCUGCCACAGCCGGGCUCCAUGUGCUGCUGGAGCAGGGCUGUUCCCUGUGCCCCUGCACGGGGCUCUCGGCACCAGCAUUUCGGUUCUUAGUCACUUCUAACAGCCAGCUCUGGGUUUGCCACCAAGGGCUGAGCAGCCCCCCGGUCCUCCUGUCCCUCCCAGCACAGCAGCCAUAGGCAGCUGCCUUCACCCUGCUGGGGCAGCCUUGUCCGAUCUCCAACAAAAACCGUCAGCUUUACAAUCUGUUUGUGGGUGUUGUGAAACACCCUCAGGAGGGGAGGGCUCCGGCGGCCAGGCAGGGCAAAGGUCUCUCUGCUCAGGCGCCCGUGGAGCCUGUGCUGCUCGGGGCAACCCAAGGGGCAGGUUUGAGCUGCCAGCCCUGGCUGGCCCGGCUGUGCUGGGGCAGUGACA